AUGCCUGGUGUAGCUGGCAGGAGUGUGGAGCCACCUUGCUCGGUGCUGGCCCUCAAGGGGGCUGUGCUGAAGGUGCUGCUGAGCCAGCCUGGGGGUGUUGCAGUGUGGGAUCUUGAGAGGCUGUUCUGCCAGCACCACGGCUGGCCCCUGGAGCUUCGCCAGCAUGGCUACCACUCCCUACAGCACCUGCUGGGAGACAUGGCAGACCUGGUGGUGCUGGCUGAAGAAGAGAAUGAGCUGCAGGUGCGGUGCCAACACCCCACCUGCCAUCUCACAGGAACCCCCAUGAAAACCCCCCAGGUCCAGGUGGACAAGUGGGCUGGACCAGACCCACCACAGGCAGGUCCAAGGGCCUGGAGCUCCUGCCGUAACCUGUCUACCUCCCAUCCAUGCAAACCACAGGCCAAACCUCACCGCAAACAUCGCACCAGAGGCAAAGCCAGCAUCCCACCCAACCGAACCAUCUCUCUGAGCCACCUCCCCCAAUCCCACCUACCAGUUGCAAGCCAUCAGCAGCAGCUGCCCCUGCUGUCUUCCUCCAACCAGCCCCUGAGCCUGGAGCUCUUCCAGGCCACUCCUCCAGUGCCCCCGGUACCAGUUCCCACCCUGGCUCCUGGUCCCAGCCAGCUGCCCUGCCCACAGCACCCAGCUAAGCCCCAGAGGGACCCCCCAGCAGCAUCUCAGGCCUAUAGUGCCACCUACCUCAUCUCCUUCCCACUGGAUGGUGCCACUUCGGUGAAGGACAAGCUGCAGGCUAUGCCCAGUGUGGUGGAGAUGGGCAGCAUUUCCUACAUAGCCAUGGGUGGAAUGUAUGAGGCUCUUCUGGCUGCUCUGGACCCAGGGGUUUGA